AUGGAUCCUUUCUCUGCUGAGGGUGAGCUGAUCAACAUCCACAAUGCCUUCCACCAAGGUCAAUACCAAGCCGUGAUCGAAUUCGACACCUCCGCUCUAUCCCCCGAGAACCAACUCCCCGCCCGUGUCCUCCAGCUUCGCGCCAAGAUUGCCCUAGGCCAAACAGACGAAGUUCUCGCCGAUGUCGAAGGCGAGGAAGAGACCCCCGAUCUAGCGGCCGUGAAAGCGCUGGCUCAGCAGUCGACCGGAGAUGUUGAAUCGGCAUUGAAGCUGGCUCAGGACCUCGCGGAGAAUUACCCCGACAAUGCUACUGUGCAGGUUCUGUGCGGGACGUUGCUGCAGGCUCAGGGACAAAGUGAGGAUGCGUUGGCUCUGUUGACCAAGCAUCAGGGGAACCUCGAGGCUGUGGCCUUGAUCGUUCAGAUUCAUCUUCAGCAGAACCGCUCUGAUCUCGCCUUGAAGGAGGUUCAGGCUGCGAAGCGCUGGGCGCAGGAUUCCCUUCUGGUCAACUUGGCUGAGUCGUGGGUUGGAAUGAGACUUGGCGGCGAGAAAUACCAGGCUGCAUUCUACGUCUACGAGGAAUUGGCUUCCGCUCCUAGCACCUCCGCGCCCCUUUCUAUCGUCGGUCAAGCCGUGGCUGAACUCCAUCUCGGUCGGUUGCCUGAGGCCGAGGCCGCCUUGACUGCGGCUCUGCAGCAGUACCCCGACGAGGCGGAAUUGAUCGCUAACUCUGUUGUGCUGAACGUCUUGGCUGGCAAGCCUUCGGAGGAGUUGGAGCAGCGCCUCGAACAGAUCAACCCCACGCAUCCCCUGCUGUGCGACCUUCAAGCAAAGAGUGAAUUGUUCGAUACCGCGGCUGCGAAAUACGCUCCCAGAGUGUCGGCUUGA